GGCAGUGCCAAUUUUAAUACUGGUUGGGAGAAAUAUACGACUGGAUUCGGAACCAUUCAUGGAAACUACUGGCUUGGACUAGAACAUGUUUACAACAUACUACAAAAUAACCCGGCUUUCUACCUCACAGUUAUGGCAAGGUUAAAGAACGAUAUUUACCGAUGUUCGUAUAAAACGUUUCGACUUGCUAACCAACUUAAUAAUUACACUAUAACGAUUGGUAACUUUGAACUUUAUACUGGGCCUUAUUUUAGUCUUGAUGAUGCUUUUACAGACAUUGACUUGACUAUCGACGGCCGUCCUUUUUCUACAUUGGAUAAAGAUUUUACCAAUUAUAACUGCCCUCAGCGCCUGGAGGGUGGUUGGUGGUUU